GCAUGAUGAGUCAUGAUAAACACACAUGCAUGUUCACUCCAGGUGUUGUUCGUCUGCAGACGAGCCACAAUGCUCCACAGAGGCUUCAGCUGUUCGCAGGUCAAACUUCAGAGAGGUUGUUAGACAAUAUCUCCACACAGACUUUGGUUCAACUUACAUCUCAAGACUCUUUGGGCCACCAUCCUCUUUCCAUAGCGAUGAUCUUCACAGCAGAGCAGGUGGCCUGUGUGUGCGAGGUCCUCCUGCAGACCGGUUGCAUGGAUCGUCUUGCUGGCUUCCUCCGCACUCUUCCUCCUCCUUCCCUCUACUCCUACUCCUCUUCUCCUUGCCCCGGGGAGCUGGAGAGUGUACUGAAGGCUAAAGCCGCAGUGGCCUUUCACCAGGGUCGCUUCACUGACCUCUACACCCUGCUAAAGGGCUUCCCCUUCUCCCCACGCAGCCAACCGCUCCUGCAGCAGCUGUGGCUCAGAGCCCACUACAUGGAGGCCGAGAGGCAGAAGGGCCGACCCCUGGGAGCUGUGGGGAAGUAUCGCGUAAGGAGAAAGUUCCCUCUACCACACACAAUCUGGGAUGGAGAGGAGACCACCUACUGUUUCAAGGAAAAAUCUCGGAGUUUACUCCGGGAGUGGUACCAUAAUAAACCGUAUCCCUCUACCCGGGAGAAGCGGGAGUUAGCAGCGGCCACCGGCCUGACAACCACACAGGUGAGCAACUGGUUCAAGAACCGCCGGCAGAGGGACCGAACCACGGAGGCUACCGGUUUCCAAAACCCUUCCUCUGGAGGAACCUCAGGAGAGCUCUACCCUUCCUCUGACAAUGAUUGUUCAUGUCCUGGCAGCCCUCAACCCCAGUACCAUCCACCUCCACCCCUCUCUCACCCACCACCCCCUCUACAUCACAUCAACUGAGGCCUUCAGAU